UUUUCCGAGUUUUCCGAGUCUUCUGAGUCUGCCUAGUUUUCUGAGUCUUCUGAGUCUUCUGAGUCUACUGAUUCGUUUGAGUCUUCUGAGUCUUCUGAGUCUUCUGAGUUUUAUAAGUCUUCUGAGUCUUCUGAGUCUUCUGAGUCUUCUGAGUCUUCUGAGUCUUCUGAGUCUUCUGAGUCUUCUGAGUCUUCUGAGUCUUCUGAGUCUUCUGAGUCUUCUGAGUCUUCUGAGUCUUCUGAGUCUUCUGAGUCUUCUGAGUCUUCUGAGUCUUCUGAGUCUUCUGAGUCUUCUGAGUCUUCUGAGUCUUCUGAGUCUUCUGAGUCUUCUGAGUCUUCUGAGUCUUCUGAGUCUUCUGAGUCUUCUGAGUCUUCUGAGUCUUCUGAGUCUUCUGAGUCUUCUGAGUCUUCUGAGUCUUCUGAGUUUUCUGAGUCUUCUGAGUCUCCUGAGUCUUCUGAGUCUUCGUCUUCUGAGUCUUCUGAGUCUUCUGAGUCUUCUGAGUCUUCUGAGUCUUCUGAGUCUUCUGAGUCGUCUGAGUCUUCUGAGUCUUCUGAGUCUUCUGAGUCUUCUGAGUCUUCUGAGUCUUCUGAGUCGUCUGAGUCUUCUGAGUCUUCUGAGUCUUCUGAGUCUUCUGAGUGCUCUGAGUCUUCUGAGUCUUCUGAGUCUUCUGAGUCGUCUGAGUCUUCUGAGUCUUCUGAGUCUUCUGAGUCUUCUGAGUCUUCUGAGUCUUCUGAGUCUUCUGAGUCGUCUGAGUUUUCUGAGUCUUCUGAGUCUUCUGAGUCUUCUGAGUCUUCUGAGUCGUCUGAGUCUUCUGAGUCUUCUGAGUCUUCUGAGUCUUCUGAGUUUUCUGAGUCUUCUGAGUCUUCUGAGUCUUCUGAGUCUUCUGAGUCUUCUGAGUCUUCUGAGUCUUCUUAGUCUUCUGAGUCUUCUGAGUCUUCUGAGUCUUCUGAGUCUUCUGAGUCUUCUGAGUCUUCUGAGUCUUCUGAGUCUUCUGAGUCUUCUGAGUCUUCUGAGUCUUCUGAGUCUUCUGAGUCUUCUGAGUCUUCUGAGUCUUCUGAGUCUUCUGAGUCUUCUGAGUCUUCUGAGUCUUCUGAGUCUUCUGAGUCUUCUGAGUCU